ACGCCGGAGGGUUCUGCAGCAACGGCUCGGGAACUGCCGGCCUCCGCGUCCGCAGCGCCGCCGCCCGCCAGGCUGGAGCCGAGUCUGAACCCAGCGUCAGCGCUCCCGCCGGCCACCGGGAACCAGCUCCCCCAGGAAGAAUGCAGGCAGAGAGGAGCAUCCAGAGUCUGGGCAGCAGAUACAGGCAAAUCCCCUUCGCAUAUGAUGUCAAGCGAAACGUGUACAACGAGGAGAAUUUCCAACAGGAGCACAAGAGGAAGGCUCCCUCUUCCGGGAACGUGGACAUCAACAUCACCACCUUUAAACACCACGUCCAGUGCCGCUGCUCAUGGCACAAGUUCCUACGAUGCAUGCUUACGGUCUUUCCCUUCCUAGAGUGGAUGUGUUUGUAUCGAUUCAAGGACUGGCUUCUUGGAGACUUACUUGCUGGUUUAAGUGUUGGUCUUAUUCAAGUUCCCCAAGGCCUGACACUUAGUUUGCUGACAAGGCAACUGAUUCCUCCCCUCAAUGUCACUUAUGCUGCCUUCUGCUCUUCAGUCAUUUAUGUAAUAUUCGGAUCAUGCCAUCAAAUGUCCAUCGGCCCCUUCUUCCUCGUGAGCGCUCUGAUGAUCAACGUUCUGAAGGAGAGACCGUUCAACAACGGCCACCUGAUCAUGGGAACGUUCGUCAAGGAUGACUUUUCUCUCCCGACCUUCUACGAAAACUAUAACAGAUCUCUGAGUGUGGUGGCAACCACAACUUUCCUGACAGGAGUUAUUCAGCUGUCAAUGGGUAUGAUGGGAAUGGGCUUCGUGGCCACAUACCUUCCGGAGGCUGCAAUCAGUGCUUACCUCGCUGCUGUGGCCCUACACAUCAUACUGGCCCAGAUGACAUGCAUCUUUGGGAUCAUGGUCAGUUUCCACGCUGGUCCCAUCUCCUUCUUCUACAACAUAAUUAACUACUGCAUCGCUCUCCCCAAAGCCAACUCCACCAGCAUCCUGCUCUUCCUCACCGCUGUGGUGGUUCUGAGAAUCAACAAGUGCAUCCGCAUUUCCUUCAACCACUACCCCAUCGAGUUCCCCAUGGAGCUGUUUCUGAUUCUUGGCUUCUCCUUACUUACGAACAAGAUAAGCAUGGCUACAGAAAACAGCAAGAUGCUGAUCAACAUGAUUCCAUACAGCUUCGUGUUCCCGGAGACUCCAGAGUUUGGCAUCCUUACCAGGAUUAUUUUACAAGCCAUGUCUUUAUCUUUAGUGAGCUCCUUUCUGCUCAUAUCUGUGGGCAAGAAGAUUGCCAGCUUACAUAACUACAGAACCAAUUCCAACCAGGAUUUAAUAGCCAUCGGCCUUUGCAAUGUGGUCAGCUCUUUUUUCAGAUCGUGUGUGUUUACGGGAGCCGUGGCCAGGACUAUUAUCCAAGACAAAUCUGGAGGAAGACAGCAGUUUGCAUCUCUGGUAGGCGCAGGUGUGAUGGUGCUCCUGAUGGCGAAGAUGGGGAACUUCUUCCACAGCAUGCCCAACGCUGUGCUGGCAGGGAUCAUCCUGAGCAAUGUGAUACCCUACCUCGAAACCAUUUACUAUUUACCCAGUCUGUGGAGGCAGGACCAGUACGACUGUGUUGUUUGGAUGGUGACAUUCUCCUCCGCGAUCUUCCUGGGAUUGGACGUCGGACUGCUGAUUUCCUUGGUCUUUGCCUUCUUCAUCAUCACUGUUCGUUCGCACAGAACCAAGAUCCUCGUCUUGGGUCAGAUCCCCAACACCAACAUUUACAGAAACAUCAAUGACUAUCGGGAGGCGAUGCUCAUCCCUGGGGUGAAAAUCCUGCAGUGUUGCUGCUCCAUCACGUUUGUCAAUGUGUACAAACUGAAGCACAAGCUGCUAAAGGAGGUCAACAUGGUGAAGAUACCUCUUAAAGAAGAAGAAAUAUUCACCCUCUUUAACGAAAGUUACACCAAUUUAUCGGAGAACAAGAUCUGUAGGUGUUUCUGCGACUGUGAAGAGCUGGAGCCGGAGACCAGGGUCGUCUACACAGAGCGAUAUGAAAGCAAGCAGGAGCAUGACCACUCGUCCAUCAACCUGAUCCGCUGCUUCUACCUGGGCAACAUAGACACGAGCGAAACCACUUCCGAGGAUCAAAUCCCCUACACCGUGUCUUCCACGUCACAGAAAAACCUAGGGCAGAGCUAUGAGGACGUGGAGAAGGCCUGGCUGCCCAGCAACGUCUCAAGGACCAGUUCACUGCCUCCGCCUGAGCCCUCAGAAAGCUUAGCGCAGAGUCGGUCCAGAUCCGUCAUCGUCCCUUACUCAGACUCAGGUGUGCAGUUCAGCACCCACACCAUCAUCCUGGACUUCUCCAUGGUGCACUAUGUGGACAAUCAGGCUUCGGUUGUGUUAAGGCAGAUAUGCAAUGCCUUCCACAAUGCCAACAUUUUGGUGCUCAUUUCGGGGUGUCACACCUCUGUGGUCAAGUCAUUGGAGAAGAAUGACUUCUUUGACCAAGGCAUCACGAAGGCCCAGCUCUUCCUCAGCCUCCACGACGCAGUGCUGUUUGCCUUAUCAAGGAAGAUGCCCGAGCCCUCGGAGUUAAGCAUGGAUGCAGCUGAGACAGUGAUACAUGAAACCUACUCGGAGUCAGACAAGAAUGGGAAUCAGAGACAUCAAACCGGCGGUAGCAUCUUAGAAGCUCCCCAACGUGCAGGCUCAAACUAUAUCAAGACCCACCAGCCCAUCAAGGAUGAUUUGGAUUUUGACCUGAACCUGGAUUCUGGACAGAACAGUGGGCUGGGGCUCAAUCUGGACCUGAACCUGGACUUGGACCAGGAGUCAGAGUUGGACCCUGAGUCUGAGCUGGAGUCUGAGAUCCAAACCAGAUCUGAUCUGGAGACAGAGCUAGAGACAGAGGCCCAGACAGAGCCUGAAAUGGAGGAAGAGCCAGAGCCAGAGCUGGAGUCAGAGAAAGAGAGGAGGCCCCAGCCUAGGACCCGGAUCAGGGCUUACAGCCCCUGGCGGAACUACUUCACUGCCUAUCGCUUUGGGAGUUCGAGCUCCCAGUCUCGUAUUCCAUCUCAGGCACCUUCAGAGGAGAAGAAACAGCCGCGUGCUCAUCCAAACUCACCCCACGGUGAUGAGGACACUUGGUAGGUGAACUGGGAAGAGAGAGCAGGCGGAUUAUUUUGGCAAAUCCUCCCUGCCCAAAGGCACCACUGGGGCAUGAGAUCUAGACUGGGUACAAGCUACCCGUUCUGGCUCUGUAACCCUGCACCUGCUGACUUCCUUCUUUCUGGGUUACGGGAUCACAUGCCCAUCACAUACCCAGGCUGCGUGA